GUUGGCCAGAGUGGAGAGCUGGGCGCUGGUGCUCGCCUCGCGCAGCCGCAGCUCGCUUUCCUCCGCUCACUCGCUAGAGCUGGCCUUUCCACCGCUCCCUCCUCUGGAAGAGAAGAAACCCUGACCCCCACGCAGGAACUAAGGGCUCUUCGGGGCUCUGGACACCCGCGACACAGACAUUACUGGUCCUCCGGCGUCUUCAGGCCGGUGAGCGCGCUGAGGGGAGCAAGAGGGAUGGGGAGCGGCGCUGGGGACAGGGGCUGGGCUGAGCGGCGGCCAGUGCUCCUUCCCUUCCUGCUGUCUUUGUUCUGCCCGGCGCUCUCUGAGCCGCUGCGCUACCGCAUUCCCGAGGAAAUGCCCGAGGGCUCGGUGGUGGGGAACCUCGCCAAGGACCUGGGGCUCAGUGUCCGCGAGUUACCGACUCGACAACUGCGCGUCAGCUCUGAGAAGCCUCACUUCACUGUGAGCGCGGAGCGCGGGGACUUACUUGUGAGCGGCAGGCUGGACCGGGAGCAGCUAUGCGGGAAGAAGCCAGUAUGUGCUCUGGAAUUUGAGGCUGUUGCUGAAAAGCCAUUGAACUUUUACCACGUGAACGUGGAGAUCGAGGAUAUUAAUGACCACCCUCCCAAAUUCACGCAAAGCUCCUUUGAGCUGCAAAUAAGUGAGUCCACACUGCCGGGUGCGCGAUUUAUAUUAGAAGUAGCGGAAGAUGGCGAUACUGGCCUAAACUCUCUGCAGAAUUACAAACUCUCUCUAAGUCCUAUUUUCUCCUUGAUAAAUAAGGAGAAACCAGAUGGUAGUAAAUACCCAGAACUGAUAUUGGAGAAACCCUUAGACCGGGAACAACAGAAUCAUCAUCGAUUAGUCCUCACUGCCUUGGACGGCGGAGAUCCACCCCUAAGCGGUACCACUGAGCUCCAGAUCCAGGUGACUGACGCCAAUGAUAACCCCCCUGUAUUCAAGCAGGACGUGUACAGAGUCAGGCUUUCAGAAAACGUGCCCCCGGGCACCACGGUGCUGCAGGUGUCAGCCACCGACCUGGACGAGGGCCUCAACUCAGAAAUAACGUAUUCUUUGUCCAGGACGGGGCAAGUGUUCCAACUGAAUUCAAAGAGCGGGGAAAUUACCACUUCGCGGACACUGGAUUACGAAGAAAUCAAAGAGUAUUCUCUGGUAGUGGAAGGAAGGGAUGGUGGAGGACUGGUUGCACAAUGUACAGUUGAAAUUAACAUUCAAGAUGAAAAUGACAACAGUCCAGAAAUUACAUUCCAUUCGCUGGUGGAAAUGAUUCUGGAAAACGCAGUGCCAGGAACUCUAAUUGCUUUCAUCAAAAUACAUGACCGUGAUUCUGGGGAAAAUGGGGAGGUUAAUUGUCGAUUAGAAGGUAAAGUCCCCUUUCAGAUCAUCUCUUCAUCCAAAAGUUCAUAUAAACUGGUAACAGACGGGACCCUGGACCGAGAACAGACCCCGGAGUACAAUGUGACCAUCACAGCCACCGACAGGGGCAAGCCGCCCCUCUCCUCCAGCACCACCAUCACCCUGCGCGUCACCGACGUCAACGACAACGCCCCGGUGUUCCAGCAGCCAGCCUACCUGGUCCACGUGCCAGAAAACAACCCGCCCGGGGCCUCCAUCGCGCAGGUCAGCGCCUCCGACCCCGACCUGGGCCCCAACGGCCAGGUGUCCUACUCCAUCGUGGCCAGCGACCUGGAGGCACGGGCGCUGUCGUCCUACGUGUCCGUGAGCGCGCACAGCGGGGUGGUGUUCGCGCAGCGCGCCUUCGACCACGAGCAGCUGCGCGCCUUUGAGCUGACGCUGCAGGCGCGCGACCAGGGCUCGCCCGCGCUCAGCGCCAACGUGAGCCUGCGCGUGCUGGUGGGCGACCGCAACGACAACGCGCCCCGGGUGCUGUACCCGGCGCUGGGGCCCGACGGCUCUGCGCUCUUCGACACGGUGCCGCGCGCCGCGCAGCCGGGCUACCUGGUCACCAAGGUGGUGGCGGUGGACGCGGACUCGGGACACAAUGCCUGGCUGUCCUACCACGUGCUGCAGGCCAGCGAGCCCGGGCUCUUCAGCCUGGGGCUGCGCACGGGCGAGGUGCGCACAGCGAGGGCUUUGGGCGACAGGGACUCGGCAGGACAGGGGCUGGCUGGGGCCGUGGCGGGCGGGGGGCCCCAGGCUGAGCUGCAGUUCUAUCUGGUGGUGGCCUUGGCCUUGAUCUCCGUGCUCUUCCUCCUCGCGGUGAUUCUGGCGGUCGCCCUGCCCUUGCGACGCCCCUCCAGCCCCACCACCUGGGGCUGCUUUCAGCCUGGUCUCUGUGUCAAGUCUGGACCUGGGGUUCCCCCCAACUACAGUGAAGGGACUUUGCCCUAUUCCUACAAUCUGUGCGUGGCCCAAUUCUGGUGA